AAGAAGCACUGAUUGUGCAUAUGACAAAACAUUAAUGGAAUUCCGGGAAAUCGAAAACCAAAAGUUUUUGUUUAAAAAUUUUAUCCGGAUGGAUGACGAAACGUUUAUCGAAUUGUUGCAACUAGUGUCACCAUAUAUUAAAAAACAAGACACAAACAUGCGAAAGGCUAUUCCCGAACAAAUACGCUUAGCUGUGACACUUCGAUUUCUUGCAUCUGGUGACAGUUAUAAAAGUCUUUCGGUCUUCUUCCGUGUUGCCCCAAAUACCAUAUCACUUUUCGUACCAAUUGUUUGUGAUGCUAUUUAUAAAGCGUUAAAAGGUGCAUACAUAAAGAUACCAUCCACGCAGGAAGAAUGGAAUGUCGUUGCUUUCAAAUUUAACAAACUAUGGAACUUCCCGAACUGCAUAGGGGCGGUUGACGGCAAACAUGUGCAAAUUAUAGCACCACCUAAUUCAGGAAGCACCUUCUAUAACUAUAAAGGUACACAUAGUAUAGUGCUAAUGGCAGUUGUUGAUGCCGAAUACAACUUUUUAUACGUUGAUGUUGGCUGUAAUGGUCGUGUGUCGGAUGGUGGAGUCUUUGGAGACUGUACUUUUCAACGUGCUUUAAACAAUAAUGAGCUAAAUUUGCCACUUCCAAAACCAUUGCCAGGUCGUCAAGCAAAUGUUCCAUUUGUUUUGGUUGCGGAUGAUGCUUUCCGCAUGCAGAAACAUUUGCUGAAGCCAUAUCCUGGUAAAAGUUUAUCUGCAGGGCAGAGAAUAUUUAACUACAGGCUAUCGAGAGCACGACGUGUUGUAGAAAAUGCAUUUGGCAUAAUGGUCAAGCGAUUUCAAAUUUUUUCACGCCCUUCCAAGCUUAAUGCAGAGAAAACAACCUCUACAACUCUAGCUUGCUGUGCAUUACACAAUUUUUUGUUAAAAAAAAAUUUAAAUUAUACAACGUCGUUGCUUGUUGAUCGCUACGAUGAGGACGGUGCUUUAAUUCCUGGUACAUGGCGAAAUGACUUCCCACUAGAUGCUGUGAGUGGAACAGAAAAUGUUCCAAGUUCUUAUAUAACAAGUGAAGCAAAGGCUGUUCGGGAUGAAAUGGAAAAGUAUUUCAUGUCUCCUAUUGGAGAAUUGAGCUGGCAAUAUAAAAAUAUAUAAAUAAUUUUAUAUAUCAAAUAAAAUUUAAACUUUAAUUUAAAAUCAGAAAAUUUACUAGUUUUAUUUAAUUCAUUUUUAGUAUCUAAAAAAAUACGGACUAGGAAGGUACUUCAAUAUUGCAAACAAAAUAACAAAACAAAAACUUACAUAUACAUACUAUAAAAAUUCAAUUUAAAAAAUGAAAUAUAACGCAAAAAAUUUAUCAAGGCUUAAUCAUCUUCUUCAGCUUCCAAAGCUGCAUCCAUUACGACUUUGACAAGCUGGAAAUGCAGUUUGUUCGCAGCCUUCUUGUUUUUCUUGGCAAUUUCUCGCAUUUGUGAUGCCAAAUACAUCCCAAUCGCGUGCCAAUUAUCUUCCUCCGCAUCUAAACACUUAACUGCACG